AUGCAAAGGUGUUGCAAAACGAUGCGAAAUAUUGUGAAUUUUAUAGCCUAUCUUAACAAAGCCCUGCGGAAUCAAUUUGUAUUUGGCCUGCAAAACAAAGCCAUACAAACCAGAUUGAUGGAGGAAAAGGAGCUGACGUGGGAAAAAGCUAGAACCAAGGCUUUAGCUAAGGAAGCAACACAAAAAGGGAUAGAAAUAGUGCGAAGCGAAGCUGCUGACAUAAAUUUCGUGGAAAAAUCAAAGACGCAGGAAGGAAAACUUCGAGAGAAAGAAUUCGUCGAAAUAUCACAGACGUCGGAAGGAAGACAAAUGAACUCCAAAUGGACAGCGGUAAAGUGUUAUCGAUGUGGUAGUGAUGGCCAUGUGGCUUACAAUUGUAGACAUGUCAUCACUACAUGCCCUAAAUGUAAUAAGGUGGGACAUCUCCAUCGUGUGUUACAGUACAUCAAACAAAAUGGCGAACGUCGUUCGAGAAAUCAACGAUAG